AUGGGGGCUUCAUGGAACCAUAAGGGGCUAAACACCCCCUCGUCAUCUAUUGACUAUCCCACAGCAGCAAGUCCGCCUGUUUGUCGUACACGUUCGCCUGUGGUGUUGGCAGGUGGGCAGUGCCUCAAGGACGUGCGCUUCCGCGUGCAGCCGGCGGUGGUGGAGCGCGGCCGACCCGCUUCCCUGCUCUGCGAGUACGACUUGGAAGGCGCGCCUCUGUACGCCGUCAAGUGGUACCGCGGCCGGCUCGAGUUCUUCCGCUACUCGCCGAGCGAGCGGCCCGUCUACAAGAUCUUCCCCUUCCCGGGCAUCUCAGUCGACCUGUCCUCGUCUAACGCGACGCAGGUCGUGCUGAAGUCUGUGGGGCUGAGCCUGUCUGGCAACUUCAGCUGCGAGGUGACAGCCGACGCCUCCUUCCUCACCAAGACGGUGUCCGCCACCAUGCACGUGGUUGCGCUGCCCGAGGGCCCGCCCACGCUGGUGGCGGAGCGCGAGCGCUACUACCCGGGGGACCUGCUGAGGGCCAACUGCACGGCGCCCCCAUCCAGGCCGGCGGCGCAGCUCUCCUUCUACAUCAACGACGAGCCCGUCGGCAGUCGAAGGCCCGACCUCAGCAUCAAGGAGCUGCCGGAGGACGAGAGCCAGUCGCCGUUCCAGCAACGCUCCAGCGGUGCGUCGCUGCGCGCGCGCCUGCUGCCGUCCGACUUCGCGGAGGGGCGGCUGUCGCUCAAGUGCGCCGCCGAGGUGGCCGACAUCUACUUCCAGGCUGCCGAGCUCCAGCUGGGCAGCCGGCCGGAGCCCGUCCCACAGCGCGUUACGGCUUCGAACCGCACCGCUACUGCUGCUGCGACAUCUUCCCGUGCCGACGUCACAGCUUCCCUACUCGUGGUGGCUGCCACAGUCUACAUCGGGUUCUUCAGGUAGCCACCGGCGGCAGCACCGGCGCCCAGCAGGCAGUGAAGCCGCACGGGCUUCACGUGAGCCACAGAGAAGAAUACUGAAAUGUGAAAAGAUUGGAGGGAGUAAUUUGUACCUAAUGAAACGGACAAUUUUUUCUGGAAUCAGCGAUGUGUAUGAUGAAAAAGAAACUUGUAUACUGUGCUUUAAAAUUAUUUUAGUUUUAGAGGUCAUUAUGUAUGUAGAACAUUGAUAAAUGUAGAUCCCAGUAAGUCCUUAAAUCUAUGAUAUAGGCAUUGUGUAAAUUAGUUGUUACACAAGCAAUUCGCUAUGCGUUAUUACCUUUAGAGUUUGAUGUUCGAAAAUGUGAUGCCAAGUUUAUAAGAUGUAUGAUAUAAAACAAUUAUAGCUUCAGU